AUGGACGAGCCGCGCCGCUACAACGUGGAGCGGUCCUGUCUCCGCUGCCACGAGCGCAAGGUCCGAUGCGACAAAAGGUCGCCGUGCUCCAAAUGUGUGCGUCUAAACCUCCCAUGUCACUACCCCGGCCCUAGGAUUGAGAAGCGGCGCCCUCCGAGAUCGGCCGAUGCCGAUGUGGUCGCGAGGCUGGAGCAGCUGGAGCGAGCUAUUACUUCCCUCGCCGCAGGGCCGAGCCUUGGCAACAUUCCAAAGAAUGCGGAGGCCCCUGUGCGUGAGACGGCGCUCGAUUCGGAAUCGUCCCUACCGUCGUCUUCGGCGCAGCAUGGGUUUCUGGGCAAGGAUGGGACCUACAUGGAUGAACCGCUGCUUGCGCGGGUGUUGGAGAAAGAAAAAGAGCUUCAGUCUGCUAUCGGCUCACCGCGGACGGGGAGCGGAAUAUUGGGAAAGUGGCCGCGGUUGAAAGCUGAUGGGAUCCUGGUGAAUCCGUUGAUCACGCAAGUCGAUAUCCGGGGCUUGCUGCCCGGCCGAUGGCAGGCGACUAUCCUGUGGGAGACUUUCUUGCAUCGUGUGGACCCUGUCCUCAAGAUUUUACAUAUUCCCUCUGUGAAGCCUCGGGUUUUUGCUGCGAUUAACCGACCGGAUACCGUCUCAUCAGAUAUCCACUGCCUUCUUUUCGCUAUAUGCUAUAGUGCCUCUACUGUCUUGUGCUCAGAUAACCCGGAGAAUGAAGCGGCUAGAGAGGAUCUGAGCAAAUACCAGCAAGGCCUGCAGCUUGGUAUCUUUCAUUCUUCAUUUCUUGAUGCGCCUACGUUAACCUCACUUCAAGCAAUGGCGAUCUACCUGAUCUGUCUGCGAUGCAACAGCAGCGGGCGAGCUGGAUUCAACUUACGCGGCUUGGCCAUGAGAGCCGCCCAGUCAAUUGGAAUCCACCGUGACGGAAAACACUUCAAACUUUCACCAUUAGAAUGCGAGCUUCGCCGACGAUUAUGGUGGCUUCUAUAUGCCACGGACGUUCGAGCGGCAGAAGACCACGGCAUUACAAUAACCGAGCAAGAGCUGGGCGGCGACUGUGACGUCCCCGCAAAUAUCGACGACCAAGACAUCAACGAAGAGAAGACGGAGCGCGUCCCCUCGCAACCUCGCUGGACAGAAAUGACGUUCCCCUUGAUUAUCAUUCACAUGAACCGAGUAUGGGCCCAUCUGAUCCGGGCCAAAUUCGACGGUGGCAAUGCUGAGAAGCUUGUCAAGGAGCUCAACACCCUUCUCAACGAGUCCUUCCUACAAUACUGUGACCCGGAUAUCCCCAUCCAACGGCUCGGGCUUCUUCUCUCGCGGGUCCUGAAGUGCAAAUUGGAGGUGCACAUCCGCCAAAAGACCCUCCAAUCUCAAGGCCCCUCCUCCAUGAACACCGAAGCUGGCCAAGAGCUCCUCGCCACAGCGGUCAGCGGCUUAAACUACGGUCUACAGAUGUGGAGCGACGAGCUUCUCCGCAGCUACCGCUGGCUGAUUUCCACCCAUACACAGUACCAUCUGCUGACUUAUAUCCUGUGGCAUCUCUGCAUGAGUCCAACAGGCACCCACGUCGAGGAUGCCUGGCGCACGGUGAACAUUCAUUUCGAUGUGGCGGAGAAGGACCCCUCGUGGCCCGACCCCGGACCCAAGUGGCCUAUGAUGGCGCAGAUGCGUGCGAAAGCGCUGCGGAUCCGCGCGGCGCAUUUCCCCGCCGCAAGCGAGCAGCCACCCUCGGCGCUUGAGGGGAUCACGCUGGAAGAGGCCGUCCAACAGAUUCCGGAGACGGAGAUUUUGGACAUGGACUCGCGGGGACUUUUCUAUGCUUGA